CAUACAUGCUCUCGAAUCAACCAAUCACAUGAGUGCACCGCUCUGCCUGGGUCACGUGACAUUUGCUGUCAGCGCGUACUGCGGAAGUAGGUCGCGUGUGAGUGUGCAUUGACCUGCGGCAUCAUGAGCUGUGUGCAUCUGCUGUUGACUUUAGCAUUCACUGUCAGUCUGGGGACACCGGUAGAAAUUCAACGGCCACGAGGAGUACCAUUAUCAAAGAGGCAGUUUUAUGAGGAAAACAAGCCCUUUACUUGUCUAGAUGGAUCCCGGACGAUUCCUUUUGACCGAGUGAAUGAUGACUACUGUGACUGCAAAGAUGGCUCAGAUGAGCCAGGCACUGCUGCUUGUCCCAAUGGUAGCUUUCAUUGCACUAAUGCUGGAUACAGGCCGACUUUUAUCCCAUCCUCGCGUAUUAAUGAUGGCAUCUGUGAUUGCUGCGACACUACUGAUGAGUACAACAGCGGAGCCAAAUGUGAAAACACUUGCAAGGAAUUGGGACGUAAAGAGAGGGAAGUACUUCAGCAGAUGGCUGAGAUCACCAAAGAGGGGUUUCUGCUGAAACAGCAGCUCAUUGAGGAGGCCAAGAGGGGACACCAAGAAAAGCAGGGUAAACUGACUGAAAUACAGGAAAAUAAGAAACAGCUAGAGGAGAAAGUUGAAGCAAUGAGGACCAUUAAAGAGACAGCAGAGGAACCUGAGAAGGAAGCUAAAGAGCGCCACCUCAAGGCCUGGGAAGAACAAAAGGCAGCUAUUCGUCUGGAGAAAGAUAAAGCAAAAAUGGCAGAGGCUUUCUUGGAGCUGGAUGACAAUGCAGAUGGCGUCGUGUCUGUUUCUGAGCUUCAGUCCCAUGCAGAAUUGGACCCGGAUGCUGAUGGCACAUUAACUGAAACUGAAGCUCAGGGACUGAUGGGAGGAGCUGACCAAGUGGACACAUCAGCAUUUGAGAGUAUUUGGUCCAACAUUAAAGACAAAUACCACACAGAGUCCCAGCCUGUGGAGCCUGCCCCAGUGGAAACACCUCAAGAAGAGGCGAAAGAGCCAAAUGUAGAUAACGACUCUGAGCCGUACCCAGAGGAGGAUGUCUCCGAUGAAGAAGAGGAGGAGGAGGAUGACGAUGAUUAUCGUGAAGAGGAUGAUAAGGCUCCACCCAGCAUUAAGUCUUCAGAGAAGAGUCAUGAAGAUGAGGAAGCCAUGCCUCCUUAUGACGCGGAAACUCAGGCCCUUAUUGACGCUGCUCAGAAGGCUAGAGAUGACUUUGAAGAGUCUGAGAAAGCUCUUCGGGAAGUGGACGAUCAGAUCAGAAAUAUCGAAAAAGAGCUGUCCUUUGAUUUCGGCCCUGAUGCUGAGUUCACCUACAUGUACAGCCAGUGCUAUGAACUUUCCACUAGCGAGUACAUCUACAGACUGUGUCCUUUUAAUCGGGUUUCACAGAAACCCAAGUACGGAGGUUCAGAGACCAACCUUGGAUCAUGGGGAAGUUGGUCAGGGCCUGAAAAUAAUAAAUACUUGGUGAUGAAGUACGAGCAUGGCACCGGAUGCUGGCAAGGUCCAAGCAGAUCAACUACAGUGAAGCUGACUUGUGGAAAGGAGACUGUGGUGACCUCCACCUCGGAGCCGAGUCGCUGCGAAUACCUAAUGGAAUUUACUACGCCUGCUGUUUGCCAAGAGGCGGCCAGUGUUGAUCCUUCAGCACAUGCUCACUUGGAGCUGUAGAUUCUGCUCAACAAUGCAUGGUUGGUCCAUGGGAACAUUACUUUCCUUUCCUGUUAAAUGUUUGGGAUCUUCUUCCUCCAUUAGUUUAUUGUCAGCUAGAAGCACAGAGAUUAUUAACUGAAAUGUUUUUGUUUGUUUGUUUGUUGGUUUUUAUUAAUGAAGUAAGAUCUUAUCUUCUCACAUUCCAUGGAUAAUGUUAAAAUAAAUUCAGCUUUACAGUGAAA